GAGAUGAUAUAAAGAGUAAUUACCAAUUAGACAAGUACAUUAAGCCAUCCACGUGCCUUCAUUUUCCAAUAACACUCCUCGUUCUUCUCUCUAUUUUUUCUGCCUACCUUAAAACCUAACUACCUUCGAGUUCGACACCCUCUUCUCAUACUCAACUUUCCUACAAAUUCGAAUUUAUUUUCUUUUUCCAAUUUCUUUCCUCUUUCUCGACAUAUUUUUAAUUUUUAAAUAAAGGGUAUUUUUUUACAUUAAUUUAGAAUUAAGAAUUACCCAAAGAACUGAAAUCUUAGAACCCAGAAAAUAGAAGUAGAAGAGGAAGAGGAAGAACAACAAGAAGAGACAGAAAGGAUUCAAGAAUCAAAGCGGUGCCGGUUGAUGUUAAUUUGAUAUCUCAUCCUUUGUCUCAUCAAAUUGGGUUAAUUUGGGGAAAAUUCUGGUGAUUUGUGUAAAUCUAGUGUAAUAAAGAUGGAAUUUGAUCAGAACUCGAUGUCAGCAGAUCUAAGACCCUUAAAUGUAGUUCGUAGUGUUGCCGAUGAAACCCGCAUUGCCCCAUCACCUGUCACCACCUCAGGUAGGCCCCCUGAUGGAUUUUACCCAAACAUGACCGGAGUCGACGUAGCUAGUCCUCCUUCAAUGCCGGUAUUCUUCACUGAUAGUUCUGGUGCUGGGAUCCCAGGCAUGGGGUUUGUAAAUUCAGGUUGGCCGAAUCUGGGCCCCGCUACCUGGUGGGCCCCGCGAAUGCAGUCUCCCAUGGGCCCGCCACCUCCUAGUAGUAGUGCUAGCAUUAGCUCGUCAGGGUAUGCCUACAACCCAAAUUUGGGGGCCCGAGUUGGUGGGGGUAGGAGUGGGAGUGGGAGUGGAAAUGUAACCCAUAAGGGUCUUGAUCAAGUGAAUGUGGAUGGAGGGGAUGAUUCUGUAUCAGGGAAGAAAGUUAAAUUCUUGUGUAGUUUUGGGGGGAAGAUACUCCCUCGUCCUAGUGAUGGAAUGCUUAGAUAUGUUGGUGGCCAAACUAGGAUUAUUAGUGUUAGGAGGGAUGUAACUUUUGGGGAGUUGGUUCAGAAGAUGGCGGAUACAUGUGAGCAACCUGUGGUGAUCAAGUAUCAGCUCCCUGAUGAAGAUCUUGAUGCCUUAGUUUCGGUUUCUUGCUCUGAUGAUCUUGAUAAUAUGAUGGAGGAGUUUGAGAAGUUGCAAGAGAGGUCUCCUGAUGGGUCUGCCAAGCUAAGGGUGUUUUUGUUCUCUGCUUCGGAGCUGGAUCCUUCUGGUGUGGUGCACCUGCAGGGGUUGCAAGAUACUGGGCAGAGAUAUGUGGAUGCCGUCAAUGGAGUCGCAGAAGGUAUUGUUGGUGGUAUCACAAGGAAGGAAAGCAUUGCAAGUGUAGCUUCAACUCAGAAUUCUGAUGUUAGUGGGUCAGAGGUCUUUGAGACAGCAAUUGGUCACGAUGUCAGUGGACCGCCAUCUGCCAGCAUAUUCUCUCCUCGAAGUGAUUCUGCUGGUUCUUAUGAUAAUACACCUAGAUUGGAUGUUUCUGCCCCUUCCUUGAUAGUUCCUCACUCAGCAAUUUCACAGCCAGAGAUUGAGGUGGAGAGAGUAGUUCCUGUACCUGCACAUGGGCAACAACAGCCCCUGGGAUAUGAUUUUCAGCAACCAGGCAUGAAUUUUCAACCUCACACUCCCCCCUAUUUAGGUGGGUAUAUAGAUCCUUGCCAAGAUGCAUUGAGCCGUGGUGCUUCACAUGUGGUUUAUGCAAAUCCCCAAGUUAUGGGUACUCCGAGACCCAUACUCAUUCAUCCACAAUAUCGUGAUUCCCCACAUUUAUUGAACCAACAGUUUGUACCUGGUGCAGUACAGAUGACAAUGGCUCCCACUAAUUCUCAUAUGAGCAUGAAUCCCAAUAUUCGUCAGCCAAUUGUACAGCCUUCACAGAGAGUUGUUGCCGAACCUAACUAUAAUAAUGCAUAUCAAGCCCCGGUUGGUGGAGGUUACGGGUGGCCCCAAGUCCCUCCACAAGACCAUGCAACCUUCUCAAAGGGAUGGGUGACGCAUCAACAGGUAGUCCCUACAACAGCAGAUUGCUAUAUGUGCCAAAAGGCACUGCCUCAUGCACAUUCUGACACUGUUGUACAUGACCAGAACAAUAGUCACACAAUCAAUGUUUCUGAUACAAACCUGAUUUAUCAAAGCCUUCGUCUGGAUGAUCUUAAUAGAUUGCAUGCAGCUGCACAGAAUCAGGGAUUGAUGGGGUUAGUAAGUGAUGCGCAGACUCCUUUCAGCGCCCCCAUGUCAUGUCCUGAAGAUGGUAUCCAGCAGCAUUUAGUGAGUCAACCUGUCAAUGGUGACAAUACUGCUCCCACUGGUGUUGCUUACCAUGCUCCUGAACAUUUUGUUCCUGAAACGACAGUAGACUAUUCUGGAAAAGUUACGAGCUUGGCAUUUAGGGAUGAUGCCAUAAGGCCUGCUAUCUCAAAUGAUCAAAUUAGACCAAUGGAUCUCAGAAAAGAGAAUCUCCAAGGGAAACCUGCUGAUAUUCUUCCUAGUAAUGAACAGGGCAAGUCCCAUAUUGAUCAACUUCGGGAAGAUGAAUUUUCGGAGCAGGUGCCUUCUCACACAUUAGGGAUAGAGCCAUUGGCAAGUUCUUCCUUCAUUAGACCUGCACUACUUCAGGAGGCAAGCCAGAUGAACCAAAGUGAAAUUUUGCCAUCUUCCGUUGCUGAAGUUCAAUAUCAGUGUAAUGAAAUAUCACCCAGUAGUGAUCUGAGACCUGAUGCUACAAGAUAUCCUGAGACUGUUGCUUCAAACAGUAAUAUGCAGUCUUCAACAUCCCCCCAUAACUGGGGUGCCGUUGGGAAUGAUUCUGUGAACUCAUUGUUUAGUAACCAAGACCCUUGGAAUAUGCGGCAUGAGACUCAGUUCCCCCCUCCUAAACCUAGUAAAAGUGCUACAAAAAGAGAGACAUCUACUGCUGAUAAUCGUCAAAAUGGAGAAUUAAGUGCAGAUGCAAAUUUUGUUGAUGUUCAAUCGACAACUGAACAAGUUCAAUCAGGCAAAGGCUCAGCUGAAGAGCGGAUCAAACAACAGCUACAAGCAACGGCUGAGGGGGUUGCGGCUUCAGUUCUCCACUCUUCUGUGCCAUCAAAUGUUGACUUUUCAUCACAAGAAACAAGUUUUUCUGAAGUGAGCCAUAUGAUUGAAGGUCAGACUAAUAGUGAUGCUGCUCUACAGACUAAGAUGGAGGCCAUGAAUAUUAAAUCCGAUAAGGCUAACUUUGGGUUUCCACUCUCAGAUGGCCUUGGUCGUUUACAGAUUAUUAAGAAUGGCGAUCUUGAAGAGUUGCGGGAACUUGGUUCUGGCACCUUUGGCACUGUUUAUCACGGAAAAUGGAGAGGAACUGAUGUUGCUAUUAAACGAAUCAAUGACAGGUGUUUUGCUGGAAAGCCUCCCGAACAAGAACGCAUGAGAGAUGACUUUUGGAAUGAAGCCAUUAAACUAGCUGACUUGCACCAUCCAAAUGUGGUAGCUUUCUAUGGUGUUGUGCUUGAUGGUCCUGGUGAAUCUGUGGCUACAGUUACUGAGUUCAUGGUUAAUGGUUCUCUUAGAACUGCUUUGCAGAAGAAUGAAAAGAACCUUGACAAGAGGAAGCGGCAUUUGAUUGCUAUGGAUGUAGCAUUUGGAAUGGAAUAUCUACACUCAAAAAAUAUAGUGCACUUUGACCUUAAGAGUGACAACUUGCUUGUCAAUCUUCGAGAUCCACAUAGACCCAUAUGCAAGGUCGGGGAUUUAGGUCUAUCCAAAGUGAAAUGUCAAACAUUAAUAUCAGGGGGAGUACGAGGUACCCUUCCUUGGAUGGCACCUGAGCUGCUGAGUGGCAGCAGCAGUCUGGUCUCUGAGAAGGUUGACGUGUUCUCUUUUGGUAUUGUUUUGUGGGAGCUUCUUACUGGAGAAGAGCCAUAUGCUGACCUGCACUAUGGGGCUAUUAUUGGAGGAAUUGUGAGCAACACCUUGAGGCCACCAGUCCCAGUGAAUUGUGACCCAGAUUGGAGAUCACUGAUGGAGAGAUGCUGGGCUGCAGACCCAUCACAGAGGCCGAACUUCACUGAAAUUGCUAAUGAGUUGCGCUGUAUGGCUGCCAAGAUUCCAGCAAAGGGGCAAACGCCAGUUACAACUACAAGAACAAACACCUAGUUGGUUUUUAUCUUUUUGGUUGUCAUUUAGCUGAUGCAUGGUUGGAUUAUGUAUAUUGGUCUCCGGAAACAUGGCAUUAUAGUCUUAUGGAUAUGGUCCAUAUGGAUCACCCCACCCCACCCCACCAAAAAAAAAAAGAAAAAAAGAAAAAAAAAAAGAAAAAGGAGAAGAAAAUAGAAUUGUUGAAUAGGCAUUGAUUUACUACAUGUUCUUUUUUUAA